AAAACAAACGUGCCUUAACUUUCCCAUUUCCUCGCCACCACCACCACCACCCCAAUCUCAGAUUCUUACAUUUUCCCAUUCUUUUGUCUUUAUUACCGAAUUAAAAAAAGGAAAAUUCAAUGAAAAUAAUAAUCCGAAAAAAGCCACCACCAACUUAUUCCAGUCAUGGAAGAAGGAGUUGACCUUCAUAUUUCCCAAAAUCAAAACCCCAAUCAAAUCUCACUACUACAUCACCUCUUUCAAACUCUAUUCAUUCAUUCAAUAAAGGAAAGGUCUCUCCUUUGAAACCCAGACCAUGAAUUAAGAUUUCAUCAUUCAUAAUAAUCUUAAUCAUGUACAUAUUGGGUCCUGGUGGUGGUGGAGAUGAUUCAUCAUCAUCAACAUCAAAUGCAAAGAAACCAUUGUUUCUAACGAUCUAUGCAACACUUGUUAUUGGGUUUCUUCUUUCAUCCUUUUAUGUCUUCUCUACCCUUUACUCUUCUGGUGGUGCUAACACCCCCACCCUUUUCACUUCUACACCACCUUCCGCCACCACCACCAUCGCCACUUCAAUUUCAGAUACGAACGCUACUAGGACGGCGGCUCCGCGGUCCUCCAAUGGUGGUGGACAUACAAACAUAUGGACUAAGCCUAUAUGGGAAGUACCAGAACCAGGUAGCGAGAUGCCACCACACCACACAUUUCAACUCAGCAAAGAACUAGUUGAGAGUAGAGUGAAAGAUAAUGUCAUUGUUGUAACAUUUGGUAACUACGCAUUCGAAGAUUUUGUGCUGAAUUGGGUUAGACACUUGACGGAUCUUGGAGUUACUAAUCUUCUUGUUGGUGCAAUGGAUAUCAAACUGUUGGAGUCAUUGUAUUGGCAAGGUGUGCCAGUGUUUGAUAUGGGUAGUAAUAUGAGUACGAUCGAUGUCGGUUGGGGUACACCGACGUUUCACAAAAUGGGGAGAGAAAAAGUUAUUCUCAUCGAUGCUAUGUUGCCGUUUGGCUAUGAGAUAUUGAUGUGUGACACCGACAUGGUUUGGUUAAAGAAUCCGCUGCCGUACAUGGCUCGUUUUCCCGAGGCAGAUAUCUUAACUUCAACUGAUCAAGUAGUUCCAACAGUUGUUGAUGACAGUUUGGAAGCUUGGCGAGAAGAGAGUGGUGCCUACAAUAUUGGAAUAUUUCAUUGGCGGUCAACAGCGACUACAAUCAAGUUAGCAAGAGAAUGGAAAGACAUGCUUCUAGCUGAUGAUAAGAUAUGGGACCAGAAUGGCUUCAAUGAGCUUGUCCAUAAACAGCUGGGGCCUCCAGUUGAUGAAGAAAGUGGUCUUGUGUUUGCCUACGACGGGAAACUCAAGUUGGGAAUGCUUCCCGCAAGUAUAUUUUGCAGUGGACAUACUUACUUCGUCCAGGCUAUAUAUCAGCAGCUGAGAUUGGAACCGUAUGCCGUGCAUACUACCUUCCAGUAUGCAGGUACUGAAGGAAAGCGUCAUCGUCUGAGGGAAGGCAUGGUUUUCUACGACAAGCCUGAAUACUAUGAUUCACCAGGAGGUUUCUUGUCAUUUAAACCAGCGAUUCCAAAGAGCCUUUUGCUAGGUGGGGAACAUAGUAUUGAGUCGCACUUUGUUCUUGUUAAUUACCAAAUGAAGCAAAUAAGGACGGCUCUUGCUAUUGCUUCAUUGUUGAACCGUACCCUUGUGAUGCCUCCACUUUGGUGCCGUGUGGACAGAAUGUGGUUUCCACAUCCAGGAAUUAUGCCUGGGACAAUGACAAGGCAACCUUUUCUCUGCCCUCUGGAUCAUGUAUUUGAGGUUAAUAUUAUGUUGAAAGACCAAUCAGAGGAAGUUUUUGGCCCGAAAAUCGACAUCAGAGAGUAUUCUUUCUUGGAUAACCCAUUGGUUCCGAAGCAGGUAAAGGAGUCGUGGCUUGAUGUUCAACUCUGUCAAGAAGGAUCUCCAAAUUGUCAUGCAGUUACCAACACAAGUAGACCAGGAACUCUCAGAUUUCCUAAGAAUAGCAACGAAGAAACGUUCAUUAGCGUGUUCUCCUCAUUUAAGGACGUGAAAGUGUUACAGUUCUCUUCAAUGCAAGACGCCUUCACUGGUUUCUCUGACAAGGCAAGGGAAGACAAGUUCAGGAACCGGGUGAAGCGAUACACAAGCAUAUGGUGUUGUGUGGAGAACAAACAACCAGGCCAUAUAUACUAUGACAUGUACUGGGAUGAGAAACCCGCUUGGAAGCCUCUCCCACCAGCAACCCCAGCAGAUGACCAUCCACCUUUCUAAGCGCUACUGACUUUUCCACAACAAGAAUAAUCGGGUAUGUAUGGGAAUGAAAGUGCAAACAGAAACGAAAAGUUAUCAACUUGUAGCUGCAGGUUCACUCCCCUACGAACCAUAUAUACUGUUAACCCAAAAGAGAAGACCAUCACAUGUUUUUAUAUCAUUUAGGCAGAAUAGCGGGUUUGUUAUAUAACAGCAGAAGAGGUCAUGUAGAAAACGUAUUCCAUAUUUUUGUUGUGGAUAGAUUUUAAUGGUUUUCCAGAUUGCAAAAUUUGGUUAAAUAUAAUGGGAUGAUUGCAGUUUUGAUUUCG